UUGUCAUGACCUGUGUAUGGUUAUUCUUAUUAAACAAUUCCUUUAUUAUGUCUACAAAAGUUAUUAUAGUAUAGUGCACAAAUAAAUACAAAAAAAUGGGCACAGCCGGCCAAUCUGUAACAUUAGCCAACAGUAUAAUAGGUGUAGGCAUUUUGGCUAUGCCCUUCUGUUUUCAGCAAUGUGGAGUUUUGUUAGCAACUUUGAUAUUGCUGUCUAUGGGUUUAGUUUCAAGAUUAUGCUGUUACUUUCUAUUAAAAUCAGCACUUCUAGCAAGAAGAAGAAAUUUUGAAUUUUUAGCCUUUCAUGUAUUUGGAUCAGCUGGCAAGUUGGCAGUGGAGGUCGGGAUCAUUGGCUUUUUAAUGGGCACUUGUAUAGCCUACUUUGUAGUGGUUGGUGAUCUUGGGCCACAAAUUAUCUCCAAACUUUUUAAUAUAAAUCAAAGUGAUAUACUAAGGACAUCAAUAAUGGUCUUAGUAUCAUUGUUGUGUGUUUUACCAUUGGGAUUGUUGAGAAAUGUGGAUAGUUUGAGCAACGUCAGUGCGGCCACCAUUGGAUUUUAUUUCUGUCUUGUUUUAAAGGUGAUCGCAGAGGCUGCAUCUCAACUGCUAACUGGUGAAUGGCACAUUCAUGUCGAGAUGUGGAAGCCAUCUGGAGUGUUGCAAUGUGUGCCGAUAUUCUCUAUGGCACUCUUCUGUCAAACGCAACUAUUUGAAAUAUUCGAGUCCAUGCCCACAUUGUCAUUGGAGAAAAUGAACGUGGUUACAAAGAAUGCUAUCAAUAUUUGUACAGGUGUAUAUUUCACACUUGGUGUAUUUGGAUACAUCGCAUUCAACUCACAAGAGAUAUCUGGAAAUAUUCUCAUGAGCCUGAGCCCUACUCUGGCGAGUGAUGUGAUCAAACUCGGCUUCGUAAUGUCGGUUGCAUUCAGUUUCCCGCUUAUAAUAUUCCCCUGUAGAGCUAGCCUUUACUCACUGCUAUAUAAAAAGGUUCACAGUUCUCAUCACGACCACAUGAUCAACAAUUCAAUCCCAGAAAGUUCCUUCCGGUGUAUCACUGUUGCCAUCAUUGCAGUGACGUUAUUCAUCAGUCUGCUUAUACCGAACAUCGAACUGGUACUCGGUUUGGUUGGCUCCACUAUAGGUGUUCUCGUAUGCCUGGUGUUUCCAGCUGCCUGUUUUGUUAAUGUUACAUUUAAGAAUACUAAUGAGAGGAUAUUAGCAAAGGGCGUCAUAGUCUUGGGCCUUAUAAUUUUAGUACUUGGUACAUUUGCCAAUUUACAAGCUGCCGAAAACCGCGUGGACAAGUAUGACGAUAAAUAUAUCACACAGGAAAAAAUUGAUAAGAUUGUUGAGGAUUUCUUUCAAAAAAUGGAUAAAUUUGAUGAUGUAAUAGACAAACCCAUAGAUAAGAAUGAACCCAAAGACGUAAUUAAAUCGCACGAAGAUGACAUUAAAGAUUCAGUAGUACAACCACCUAAUCCAUUGCCCCCUGAAGCGCAGUCCAAUGAAAAAAUAAAAAAUAAUGGUGUCGUAAAAGACGUGAAUAAGUUCAGUGAAGUUUUGCCAGAAACUAAAAAUGUUGUAGAUAAGGUUUCGGAAUCACAUCCAAAAAAUCUAAAUAAAUUGAAUGGUGCAAAAAUAUCUAAUGGCGAAAAUAAUAUAGAAACAAACAUUAACAAUAACAUUUUAGCAAAGGAAAAUUCAAAGGAGGAUAAAUCCAAAUUAGUUUCUAAUGAAGAAAAAAUAAAUAUGAUUAAACAGCAACAACUGAUAGAUACCAUCAAACAGCAUGGAAAAGAGCAAAAAGAAUUACUUAAAGAACAAAAAGAAAUUCUCGAUGACAUUAUAAAGACAAAGAAAGAAUUACAACAGAACAAAAAUGAAGUAGAUAGUGCUGAAGCAAAGAAGAUAGCUGUUGAAAGUAUAAAGAAGAUUGCCGAUAUGGCAAUUCAAAGUUUAGGCGGAGUGUCUGAUAAACCUGCCCAGCAAGCUAAAAAACCAGACCAUAUAGAAAAAUUAGCUGAUGAAGCAGCGAAGGAAUUAGCUCAAAAAGCUGCAGAAACAAUAGAAACUAUAAAAGACACUGAAAAAAAAUUAGAACAAUCAGGUUCUAACUUAAAUAUACCAAGUGUAGGUUCAAAUGCGAUUUCACCCAUAAAUGUUAACAUGCCUGGCGAUACUCAAAAUAAUAUUAAUCAAAAUGCAGAAUCAAUUAUUCAGAGUCUACAAGAGGUUCAAAAUGGCAAUAACAUUCAAUCUAAUAAUCCACCAGUCGCUAAUUCCAUUCCAAAUGUCCAAGGAGCCAUUCAAAAUAAUGCCGCGGCUCCAAUAAUGUCAGUAAUUAAUCCUAAUCAAGGUCAACUUGUACAAAGUGGUCCACCGAUAAUUAACAUGCAACCUGCAAAUAUGCAACCAAAAGUUGAACAACAAGUUGUACAUCAGGUACCUAACAUAAAUACAAAUGUAGCACAGUUAGUUUCGAAUAAUAAUUUACCAUCAAAUACACAAGUGAUAAAUAAUCUCAAGCAAGUCAAUCCAGGUCCGAUUACAGAGGUUAAAAAUGAUGAGGAACAAAACUCAGUUAAAGAACAUUUACACUCUCCGGAUGAACCACAGUCAUAUCAAAGAGGCGAAGAGGCACAAAAACGGGAAUUCGUUGGUAUUAAUAAUGCUAAUGAAAAAGUUCCAUUGCCUAUACAAGAGAAUCCUCAAUCUAAUGUAAUUAAAAAUGCACCAUUACCCGUGAUUGCACAAGAUAAUUCUCCACACAAUAUAAUUGAAAAUGUACAGAUCCCUCAUAACAUAGAACAACAGGUUGCUAAUACAAAUCUCAAGGCUCCAAUUCAACCUGCCAAUUUGAUUAAUAAUUUAAAUAAAGAAAAUAGCGUUUUAAAUAAUAAUGUACAGUCUAAUAAUGAGCCUGCGCUCCUUAGACAGAAGAGAGAAGUAGUGGAUUGCACAGAAAAAUCAUCAUUGAAACCUGAUGAUAAGGAAAUUUGCGAGAACCUUGUAGAUAUACCACAACUAAAAAAUUCUGAAACUUAUGUUCUUCCGAAAGUUGAUUUUAAUGACUUGGGAUUGCCUAAAAAUUUACCGCUAGAUACAAAUUUAAUCCAUCACAUCGGGCGGUCACUGAAAAAUUACGAUGCAAAAGACAAAAAAAGAUAGGAAACAUAGAAAUCUGGCUGGUAGACUUUCAAUUGAACAGCAAGGUUUGGAUAACAAUGCUUUUGUUGCUAAUAUGAAAGGAAGUGCAUUUAUCUACUUAUAUUAUGAUAGAACAUAUACGAACAUAAAACUUGUAACAGGGAUAACACUUGUUGAAAUUAAACUGUGGAAGUAACUAUUUUAUAGGAACUUACUGGCACUAAGUAUUUUGUGAUUUGUGUCAAAACUAGGACAAUAUCACACAUUGUUAGUAUUUUCGUUAUAAUGUAACAUUGUGAUCUCAUGUGCUUUGUUAAUGUUUAGAUAAUUUAUGUAAAAAUGGUAAUGUAACUAUAUAACGUAUAUAAUCGUGAAAUUAUGAUGUUGUAAAACAUUAAGAUGUAAAAAAGAGUGAUUUACUUUGACUGACUAAAUUGUAUUAUAAUAAAAGUAUUUUCAUUACCAAGA